AUAUGGACCCGAUAAUUCCAGGAACAAGUGAAGUCCAGGCAUUGCAAUCCGAGAAUCCCGCCGAUAUAAAUCUCUACAAAAUCAGCUCUUCUGUACUACUGCUUGGUACAGUGAACAGCAACAAGGAACUGUUGAAGAGAUCUAUUCUUCAGAGAGAGUAUCAUAUAAUGAAAACGGACGACAAGAAAAGUAUUGUUGAUACAAAGGAUAAAAAUGUAAUACUUGAAGUCAGUAAGAAAGUUCUUCGAAGCUUGCCCCAAUUUUCAAUGCCAGACAAGAAUAAAAUACAAUUACAUUACACUAAAUGUGACGAUCAAGUUUUCAAACUUGUGGAUGGGCCUGUGUAUGAUACAAAUAACAUCAACAAAUUUAUUGAAGACAUGAAAUCCUGUCUUUCCUUGAGCCAAGAAGGAUUUAAUGCUAUUAUUGUGGCUUUUACACUUGACCGAGCAAAGGAUUGUAAUUCUUUAAUAAACAUGCUGCAUAGUAAUUUUGGGAUCAAUGUAAAUACUCUCAUUUCAGUUAUCAUUUAUGAAAAUGAACUAAAAAUUGGUAAGGGCGUCGAAGGAGAUUACGCACAAGUUAAAAGUGUCUGUGGAGACAGGUUGCUGAGGUACAACAUCGAGAACCACAUCCAAGAAAUCAAACACUUGAUUUCUUGUGUUAGCCAGAUGGAGUUUAAUUGGAGCAGUCAGCCGUUAUGUAUAAAAAACGAACGGUCGCUGCUAUACAGCGAAUGGGAAGAAAUACUAAAAGACAUUUGUUUAAUGCUAGAAAUGGUUUUAGAUAAUUCGCAGACAUUGCAUGACGAAAGUAAAAAAUGUGUUGAUCUGCUGGUAAUGUUAUGGAGAAAACAUCAAGCCUUCGCUAAGCAAGAAAUAGAUACAGAUGAUGAUGAUGAUCAAACAAAAAAAGAUGAAUUCAAUUCAAAUAAUAAGCACACUAUUAAGAUGGGUAAUAGUAUUAUUGAAGACGUUACAUAUGUAAUUGAAUGUUUUCGAAUCAUCUAUUCUGUAUCUGAGCCAAUGAGAAGAUGUAAAGAAAUAUUAAUACCGUCUUUUAAAACAAGUUAUCAAAACUUCCAUGAUUGGUACGUAAUGUCUGUAAUUAAAGACAAGGAAAAUUUGCUGGACAGCAAUUUAAAAAUGAAGCUGUUUAACUUAAUGAAGAAAUGAUCGAUGGAAAUUAAGUAAUGAACUGAUGUUUGUCUAGUGUAAUGAUUAAAAUUUAGUUAACACUUUUAUUUUGUUUCUGAUUCUGCUUGUAUUGAAAUUAAAAUAUAUGUUGAAAAAUACAUGCCUUUUUUUCUGCAAUGCUUGUGUAUUAUUUAUAACCAUGCAUUGACUGCAAAAUGAAAACACUUGUAAAUAUUACGGUAUCAAUGUAGUAUAUUGUAUAAAGGGUAGGAAUAAUAUAAAUAAUUUAUAAAUAAUGCCAAAUAGCAUUGAUUCGAUUAUUGUUUUGUAUAAUUUCAUCUUUUAAUAA